AGACACCAAAGCCAUACGUUAGACUUGAAAGAGUGACUUCUUCAUAUGUGACGGUCUGAUCGACUUGCCGCUUGCACAGCAUGUUAGGAACACGUCGCUCGAAACUCUUGUCAGAUCAGCGCCGCUAAAUUUAUGCUUCUGGACACAUGUCAUUCCACGUUAGUAGUCCAGGUGCCUCACCUUUUGGUACACCCACCCAUGAUCGACCCAAACCGAAGCGACAGCAGUCGCAGUUUCGCCCACCAGUGGCACCAUCUCCGGGCGGAUACCAACAAAGCAGCGGAUACGCAAAUGCUGGCCCAAGGAGUGCAGCAUAUGGCGCGCCUGUAGCGGACAGUUACUUCCCAGCACAGUCUGCACCGACUUCACAACCAACAAGCCAGCCAGCAAUGCAACAAUAUGGACAGUACGGAACAGAUGCGCACGUCCUGCAGCAAGAUGCAGGUGGCAUCGCACAGCAAAUGGGUCAGAUGAGUUUAGAUGGUAGUGCACCUGGGCCAGGUAGGAGGAAGAAGGACCGACACGCAUACCAUCAGAUCGAGCAGCCUGUAGCACCCACUCAACAAUACAACGGCGCGCCGAGCGGACAGUCAUGGAACGGAAACGCAACCCAACCGCAGCUGGGGGCGAGCGCCGAGCAAGCGCAGUGGCAGCCAACGUCGCAGCCGUGGCAAUCACAGCAGCUGCCCCAAGCAACAACCCAAAUGGCGCCCUUACCGGGCAUGCCCAUUCAGAUGGGCGGUCACCCUGGCCAACAGCAGCCUGGUAUGCCGGCUGGCGCACAAGCCAAGGUCAAUGCAGACCAAAUUCCCAGCGUGCCGUUGAGCAGAGAUCUGCCGGCAGAGUACUACAAAAAUCACAUCUACCCGACAAUGGAGCAACAUGUCCCACCGCCUGUUACAACACCCUUCGUCUCAUACGAUCAAGGCAACGCUUCGCCGAAGUAUGCCCGUCUGACGUUGAACCGAAUUCCGAACGCACACGAUCAGCUGAUGGCCACUGGUCUUCCACUCGGCCUUGUCUUGCAACCUCUUGCGAAGCAGAUCGAUGGCGAGCAGGCAGUUCCGGUCCUUGAUUUUGGUGAUGCUGGCCCGCCGCGAUGUCGGAGAUGCAGAGCAUACAUCAACCCAUUCAUGGUGUUCUCCAACGGUGGCAACAGAAUGACUUGCAAUCUCUGCGGUCACCCGAACGAGGUACCGCCCGAAUAUUUCUCGCCUACCGAUCCUUCUGGAAUUCGAGUUGACAGGCAAGACCGACCGGAGCUGCUGCUCGGCACCUGCGAGUUCCUGGUGCCGAAAGAGUAUUGGUCCAAAGAGCCGAUGCCCAUGCGUUUUUUGUUCUUGAUUGAUGUCAGCGCUGAAGCUUACACUCGUGGCUUCUUGCAGGGUAUCUGCGAUGGCAUCAUAGCCGCACUGUACGGCGACGAUGAGGAGCCAGCCACCAACGGUGAGCAUGCAGAAGGCGAGACCGCGCCUAUGCGAAGCAAGGUGCCUGCAGGCGCCAAGGUAGGCAUCAUGACCUUCGACCGCGAGAUACACUUUUACGAUGUCUCUGGAUCGAUAUCCGCACCUCAGCAACUGGUCGUCUCUGACCUUGAGGAUCCCUUCACAGCUAUAUCCGCAGAGAGCCUGUUCGUUGAUGCCACUGAGUGCCGGAAGAAUGUCACAACGCUGCUCAGACAGAUCCCAAACAUGUUCGCUAACAUUCGACACCCUGAGCCGGCGCUCUUGCCGUCUUUGCAGGCCGCUCUAUCAGCCUUAGAGACUAGCGGAGGCAAGAUCAUCUGUUCCCUUGGCGGUCUUGCCACCUAUGGCCCGGGGCGCCUGAACCAUCGUGACAAAGGUGAGAGGCAAACCGAUGACAGCGACUCCAGCAAGGAGUUUCUCAAGACAGAACAUACCGGUUUUAAGAAGUGCCAAGCCGACCUUGUCAAGGCUGGAGUGGGUGUAGACUUCUUCUUAUCAGCGCCGAUGGGUGGGUACCUCGACAUCGCUACCAUCGGCUUCCUAGCGGAGAAGACGGCAGGCGAGACGUUCUAUUACCCGAACUGGUCUUAUCCCCGGGACUGUUUGAGGGUCGCGAAGGAGAUCAGCCACACCUUACAGCGAAACCAGGGGUAUGCGGCGCUGAUGAAGGUCCGGUGUAGUCAAGGCUUGCAAGUGGCACACUAUAGCGGCAACUUCACACAGCACACCUUUGGCGCGGACCUGGAGCUGGCGAGCGUGACGGAAGACACGGGUAUGGGUGUGACGUUUGCAUACGACGGCAAGCUCGACACUCGACUCGAUGCACACUUCCAAGCCGCUCUCCUCUACACCACGACUUCCGGCCAACGCCGCGUACGCUGUAUCAACGUUGUAGCUACUGUGACCGAGCAAGCACGAGACUCAAUGCGCUUCAUCGACCAAGAUGCUGUCCUUGCCAUCAUUGCCAAGGAAGCUUGCUCCCGCGUCCCAGAGCGCAAUCUCAAAGACAUCCGGCAGAAUAUACAGGACAAGACGAUCGAGAUCUUGGCGGGCUACCGCAGGCAGCUUUCCAACAGUCAGUCUUCGGGCCAGCUCGUACUUCCUGAAAACCUCAAGGAGUCUGUCAUGUAUAUCCUGGGCUUGAUGAAGAGUCGAGCGCUGAAGGCGGGCAAGGAACCGAGCGACCGACGUAUUGCAGAAAUCAGGAUGGUGAAGGGGAUGGGGAUGGCUGAAUUGAGCCUCUAUCUCUACCCUCGCAUCAUCGCGCUGCACACGCUGGAGCUCGAAGACGGCUUUGCGGACGAGCAUGGGCACUUGAAGAUGCCGCGUGCGGUUCGCGCCUCAUUCACCCACAUGGAAGAAGGCGGCGCUUAUCUUGUCGAUAACGGCCAGAUCCUCCUUCUCUGGCUGCAUGCUCAAGUUAGUCCGAAUCUGUUGGAGGACCUGUUCGGUGAAGGCGCCAAUACGCUUCAAUCUCUUGACCCGAAUCUCAGUGCCCUGCCAGUGCUGGAAACCCAUCUUAAUGCGCAGGCACGGAACAUCUUGUUGCAUCUGGAGGAGCAGCGAGGCAGUAAAGGUCUGGCUAUACAGCUAGCGAGGCAGGGCCUUGACGGGUCGGAAUUCGAGUUUGCGCGGCUGUUGUACGAGGACCGGAAUGGCGAGGCUAGCAACUACGUCGAUUGGCUUGUCACGCUGCAUAAAGGCGUUGGAACUGAGCUAAGCGGUCAACGCGCCAAAUUGUCGACCACCGAAGACGUAGGGCACGCGAUUAGCAGUACCUUCUCGAGCAUAACUGGAAGCGUACCGUACUGGGGUUGAAUGAUUGGACAGAUGGAUCACCGAUAUCCCUUGGUCCUCACAUAUGCUCGAUCACGCUAAAGGACGUGCAAUAGCAUUACGACGAAGACUACGGGAGAGAGCAAUCAAUCGUCUGCGGACAUUGUUCAGUUGGCGCAGUUCUUGGCCGCCGAGAUCACCGGUCUCUGUUCCGAGUAUGAGCACGGGAUGCGGCGUGUCAGCGUCUACAACCUGGAUAAGGCCACAGAGCUCACAUCGGGUUUACGAUAGCGUUCACCGAUGGUUCAUUCCGGGGGCGUGUACCUCGUGCAUAUGGCAUGGCCGUCGAGGCAG